CGCUGGGUGUCCAAGGGCGGCGGUUGCCGGUUGAAGUAGGCUGCCGUGCGCCGCCCCACGUCGUCGGAGAACCAAACGGACGCGAUGGCGUGCCAUGCGAUCACUUUUCAACACGCGUCCACACGACCAAGACCCGCUCCCCCAACCGCUCUGCUACGAUCAUGGUGACAUCCAAUGCAAGCGACGCCGCCGUCAUGGCGUUCGCCCUCAAAUUUGUCAACUCGGCGCCCAAGGAAAAGCUCAUCGCGGAGCUCGACGUGUCCGACACAAUCGCGACAAAAAUCGUCGACCAGCGCGACUUUGGCGGGUACAAGACCCUCGACGACAUUUGUGAAAAGAAGCUCCUGCGCAAGAAGAAAUUCGUCGUGUUUCGCGACCGUCUGCUUGCGUAUUCCCGAGACAACAACCCAUCGGACAAACCGACCCUCGGCGAGGACGGCGACGAGAUGACCACGUCCAAGAAGGGAAAGAAGAAGGGGGCGGCGGGGUCUACAUCGAUAUCGUCCAAAGACGGCGCCGCGGCGCCACCCAAAAAACACUCGUUCGUCGAAACCGAGCCCCUCACGCUCCGGUUUGGGUACUUGAUCCAACGAGUGGACCCUCCCGCGGAUGUCGUCCACGACCCUGCGUCGGCCGAAGCGUACUAGCCAGCGCAGUCGAGGCAACGACGUGAAUGCAUCGCUUGUAACUUUAUAUCCAGCUCCUCC